AAUGUAACUGUAAUUCUGCGCAAAAAUUUUGAAGCAAAACUUACAUUUGACAUUCUAUAUAUUUGAUAACGUCAAAUUUUAUAAUAAAACCCGUAAUCGGAACAGUAGCCACUUUCUGUCAGUUGUUGUUGCGUGAAAUAGAUUUCCGACUUAUUUCGUAUGCUUUAAGUGAUGACGCACGGGUAAAGACUCGCGGACUCAACUGUAUAGUUGUUCUCCUCUACAUAUCGGCAGACGCGUCCGCAGAUGUAUCAUAACACGCUGAGCUGACCACACAUCUGAAGGGAAGAAACCGACAAGUAUCGGAUGUGCUGCAGAUGCGUCUGCCAACGUGAUAUACAUACAUCCGCAGACGCAUCUGCCGAUGUGUAGUGGAGGCAAUUUAAGGCCCGUAACCACGCAUUAGUUUUCGAAGUGAAUUCAAAGUGAACGUUUGCCUAUUCAGUUUUGUGUUUUCUUAAUAAUAUUUUGCCUGCCAAAAUGGCUAUGAGUAUGAGUCCUGAAGAAACUUUCAGAUUCAUAGAGUUAUACCAGAUAGAAAACUGUCUUUGGAACCGAAAAAAUAGAUGCCACAAAAAUAAAAAUAUUAUCAAUGAUUCGUGGAAACGCAUUGCAGACACAAUGGGUGUUCCCAUACUAGAAUUAAAAAGAAAAAAAGAAAAUCUGCUUUCGACCUUUAGGGUCAAUUUGAAAAAGAAAAUGUCUUCUCUUAAGUCGGGAGCUGGUGAAGAGGAAGUGUUUCAGCCGAUCUGGCCAUUUUAUGAGGCUAUGGAAGCAUUUUUGGCAGAUGUCUACACAUCCGCAAGCCAAAUUAACUCAGAGGAAAAUGAACAAUCUGAAAAUGCCAAUACUUCCCAAGUUCUGGAUAAUGAUCCAGACGAAGUUUCUCCUACCCCUAAAAGGAACCCAAACAUUCAAUCUCAAAAAAGACGUGCUCUGAAUCCUCCCGAAUUGCAGGAAGCGAGUAAAAAUAUGAGCACUGCUUUUACGGCAUUAAAUAGCGUCUUGGCCAACAAAGAAAAAAGAAAAGAAAAGGAAGAAGAUGAAUGCGACCUAUUUUGUAAAAUGUUGGCCAAGCAAAUCAGGGAAUUUCCAAAAUUUGAAAGAGAAGAAAUAAUGUAUGAAUUACAUGGAUUCAUGUUGAACAAACGUCGUCUGUACAACAAAAUGAUUCAGGGUAUACCAUGUACUAUUUCUUCUCCUUCACAACUUCGUUCUAGCUCCAGCAACAGUCCAUUCGAAUUACAAGCGCAGUCACCCAGUUAUUUAAGUGACCCAGUCAGCCAGUAGCACAAGAAUCAGAUCCAAAUUCAAGUAGAACAUAUUAUAAAAGAUGCGGAAAUGUUCUGAGUAAUUCACAGAAAUAUUAGAUUCACCAAACUGUCAUUUUUUUAUAAAUAAUAAAUACAUAUUUUUAAGCAUAAAAA